UGCAGCGGCAGCCAGAGACGCGUGCCGGCCUCCGCCUGCCCGCGGCGGGAGCCCAUGGAGUAGGGAGGAGCGGACAGGGCUGCCCGCAUCCAGCCACCCUUGACCGGUCCACUUCCACCUGCCCCUGACCAGUCCAAAUCCAGUCUCCCCUGCCCAGUCCAUGUCCAGCUGCCCCAUCCAGCCUCCCUUGACCAGUUCCCACCCAGCCGCCGGUUCCAGCCGCCCCGUCUAGGCUCCCCCGGCCGCCGAGAUGCCCGUGAUUAACAUCGAGGACCUGACGGAGAAGGACAAGCUGCAGAUGGAGGUGGACCAACUCAAGAAGGAAGUAACUUUGGAGAGGAAAGUGGUAUCCCAGUGCUGCCAGGAGGUGCGAGAUUACGUAGAAGAGCGGUCCGGGGAUGACCCGCUGGUCAAGGGGGUCCCGGAAGACAAGAACCCCUUUAAAGAGCUGAAAGGGGGGUGUGCCAUUUCCUGA